UAUGAGUAUUUAGUUCCACUCAACAUUCCGUUUUUAUUGGCAUGAAAAUCUUAAAUAACAAUAUAUUAGGUAAGGACGAUAUUUCGUAGCAUGCAUAUUCGUGUGAAGUUUUAUCUGUUCUUUUGUGCAUAGAUGUCUUUAAUUCAAUUAUAGUGAUGCCAUUCUGCAAAUCACUUACCAGUGAAAAGCUUCUGUUCAGUUUUAGAUUGGUUGACAAGAUUCUUACGCAUUGGUGUGCAUGAAUGUCUUUACCUCCAAAUCGAUUUUGAUUCUUAAACUGGUCAAAGAACAUAAAACUUAAAACUCGUGGUAUUUCAGUCUUUUUCUGCUAUAAUACCUUUAAAUUAUUUCUACAUCUGGAGUAGUUAGUUCUUAUGGUGUCAUUUCUAACAAUUGCAACACAGGCGUAUGAGAAAUGCUUUCAAAAUCUUCAUUACGUAGAGCGGCAUGAGGAGCACACCAUUGCACACGCAAUACAGACUUCUUACAAGAAAACCAAGUUAUAUCUAUGGCCUGCGCCAACAACAACGGGAAUGAAAGCUGGGAGAGUUGUCAAAACAAUCUUGCUCCUAGCGGGGUUCAAAAACAUCAAAUCAAAGGUGAUUGGUUCAAGGAAUUCAUACAACACCGUUAAGGCCGUUUUGAAGGCCUUGAAUGCGGUCGAGACGCCAAAGGAUGUUCAGGAGAAGUUUGGCCGAACAGUUGUUGAGAAAUAUCUGCUGUGAGAGAUGCCGUUCAUGCCUUUGGUAUGUAUUGAUGAGUUUUGGGUGAAAUCCUCCAAUGUUUGGCUUCAGAUAGUAGUGUGUUUCUUACUCUUCAAUUGAAUUCAUCCUUUUAUGGUGUUGGGGGGAAAAUAAAAUAGUAAAGAAUGCACUACCCUUGCACCAAUUCUAUUAGUUUUAGUUUUGGUUCUGGUUCCUCUCAUAUGUCGGUUCUCGUAAAAUCUUCAUUGAUCUUCUUAGGAAACCAUAGUCAGUUUGGUUGUAUUGGUACUCAAAAAAAUGUUUUAAAAUCCCGUUGAAUCAAUUGAAAUCCUUAAAUUCCGAAAGGUCUUGUAACACCGGGAACAAUUAUUAGAUGUUUAGUUUUUA